AUGGUCUGUUGGUCCGAGCGAUAUCGUCACCCGACUCGUGAGAUCCAGAUAAUUCCGGAACUCAUCGGUCUGAGCGAUAUUACCACCACGGUCCGGACAUUACCGGAUUCCGUCGGUCUAAAUAUGCUUGGCGGGGUCGAGGUCAGUCCUCCUCCCCAACUGUUUCCAGGGCUCAUCGGUAUAAGCAACAUUAUCGUCAGACACGUCAGACCAGAUAUUUCAUGGUCUAGUUGGUCCGAGCGAUAUCGUCACCCGACUCGUGAGAUCCAGAUAAUUCCGGAACUCAUCGGUCUGAGCGAUAUUACCACCUAA